AUGACGUCAUUCAUAACCACCGCCGCGGUGUCGCUGACGCAGCACUGCCCCGGGGCCAAGGCGCGCGGCAGGGUCACUUGGGAGGGGGUGUCCGCGGCCGGCGUGUGCGUGCUGCAGUUCUCCAACGCGGUGCGCACCGAGGUGCCGCUGGCGCCGGUGGGCGACGCCGCCGCCUUCGCCGAGACGGUCGGCAAGAUGGUGCGCAUGAACGGCGGCACCAACAUCGCCGCGGCGCUGACGCAGGCGGGCGCCGCGCUCAAGGCCGGGCCGGGCGCAGCGGCGCCGGCGCCGGGCGCUGCGCGGCUGGUGGUGCUGCUGACAGACGGCCGGGUGGACGGGUACCAGUCGCGCGAGGCCAAG